ACUAUAUGACGUCAGAGCACAACAAGUAUGGCGGUCACAGUGUGGUAAAUAUGUGGAGGGAAUUGAUCAUUGUGUAGUGAGUUCUCUUAUAAACAGUCUCCAUGGUGAUCAAAAUGAAGAACAGAGUUGCAGGGACGAUUAUUAGGUCUCGUCGCAUCGUAAAAGAAGGGAUGGUGGUGAGUACUUUAUGCUGGCCAAGGCGGCGGCGCGGGCGUUAUGAGGACCAUAGCUCAGGCAUCGGGGAGCCGAGUGUGUACCAUGCGUUGGUGGUCAUCUUCCUGGAGUUCUUUGCCUGGGGCCUCCUGACAGCUCCCAUGAUCACCGUCCUCAACGAAACGUUCCCUGACCACACCUUCCUCAUGAACGGCCUCAUUGUCGGGAUCAAGGGUAUACUGUCCUUCCUGAGUGCCCCACUGAUUGGCGCGCUCUCAGACUUAUGGGGUCGCAAGUUCUUCCUGUUCAUCACCGUCUUCUUCACUUGUCUCCCCAUCCCAUUCAUGAAGAUCAACACAUGGUGGUACUUUGCCCUCAUCAGCAUGUCAGGAGUGUUUGCAGUUACUUUUAGCAUUGUCUUUGCGUAUGUUGCGGAUGUGACUGAUGAAUCGGAGCGCAGCAGUGCCUAUGGCCUGGUCUCAGCCACUUUUGCUGCAAGCUUGGUCACUUCACCAGCAUUAGGAGCUUACCUGGGCACUGUGCACAGUGAUGACCUUGUAGUGGGUCUGGCAACAGCUAUAGCAAUAUUGGAUGUGUUCUUCAUACUUGUGGCCGUACCUGAGUCAUUACCAGAGAAGCUUAGAUUAUCAUCAUCAUGGAGUGCCCAUAUCUCCUGGGAACAGGCUGACCCUUUCACAGCUUUGUGGAAAGUGGGUAAAGACCGCAAUGUGCUGUUAAUCAGUGUUUCGGUCUUCCUGUCCUACCUACCAGAGGCUGGCCAGUAUUCCUGUUUCUUUGUCUACCUCAGGCUGGUAAUGGACUUCUCAGCAGAAAGGGUGGCAACCUUCAUAGCAGUAGUAGGGAUCCUGUCUGUUGUGGCUCAAACUGCACUCCUUAGUCUCCUCAUGAAGAAGCUCUCCAACAAACAUGUCAUCAUGGUGGGACUAGUAUUCGAGAUGCUUCAGCUCAUGUGGUAUGGGUUCGGUUCCAAGAUUUGGAUGAUGUGGGCAGCCGGGCUUCUGGCAUCUGUAUCUUCCAUUACAUACCCUGCCAUUAGUGCCUAUGUUAGCACGCACACUGAUGCUGAUAAACAAGGUGUGGUGCAGGGUAUCAUUACGGGCAUGAGGGGGCUGUGUUCCGGCCUUGGUCCCGCAGUGUUUGGUUUCAUCUUCUAUCUCUUCCAUGUGGAUCUCACCCCAGAGUUAGCAAAUGAUGGCUCACACAGACCUAAUGGGUCAUCUAUCGGAAAUGGUACAACUCCACACAUUACCAGUAGUCCAAACCUUGUACCGGGCCCACCCUUUGUAUUUGGAGCAUUAUUGGUCAUCUGUGCACUCAUGGUAGCUGCAUUUAUACCAGAAGGAGCUUCUGUCAAAACUCGAAAACAAUCAGGAAGCAGUUUAGAAAUGAGAUAUGAGAGAGGCCACAAGCAAAAUGAUAGCAUGGAUGCAGCAUCUUUACCGCUUAUGGAUGAAACAGGUGUUGUCUAGCAUCUUACUACUUAUUAGUGAUGAAAAACUCAACAAAAUGUGACUUAUUACCUCUAUUGCAUUGUGAUUGCCGAAGUGAGGGCGGAUUCUGUAGUACACUAGCUGUGUUCUGCAGAGAUAUGACAUGGCAUUAUCUGUUUACAGUUGCAGAAAUGUCAUGGCAUUUUCACGCUUCCUUCAGUAAGGAGAGACGGAGAAGGGCGCAUUGAAAAAUUGCCCUAAUUUUUAAAUGGUGCUUACUUCUCUGGAAAGUCUGAAUAGUGAUACAGAUGAACUGGCGACAGAACAACAGUAGUGAUGGUAGUAAAUGAUAAUUCACAAUGUCACAAACUGUGUAGAACUAAUGGUAUGCAUUUGGUGCUGGUGAAAACAAAGAGUUUGAAUGUUGAAUUUUUCACGCUUUUUGUGUUGCAUUGAUUAUCAAGGUUUUGUUGUCUUGUUGUGGAGGGGGUAUUUUUUUCAAUUAUUAUAAAUCAAGUUUACACUCAAUAGACAUAAUGCUAUAUUUCAAAUGAUAGUAUAUAUAAUGAUAUUUAUUGUAAUUUUUAUUGUGAUUUUUAUUCUGACUGAAGUAUCUGAUUUUUUAAGUCUUGAAAAUUCAUUUAUUGCUUUUUGCAAAUUAGAAGACUACAGAAUCAUUUUCUUGACAAUACUGUAGAUCAUUUUUAUAUAUUCUGAUCUUUCUCUUUGCUGGACCAAACAUAUUUUGCUUGAUUAUACAGGCAUUGUAACUGGUGCUGUCUAAUGCUGCUAAGUUGGAAUUGUCUGGGUUGGGAGUGCCCCUCCAUCUUGUGAUAACUUAUGCAUAUAAACCACACAAAGGAAAACAUCACAAUACAGUGUAGGUAAAGAACAGUAGCUGUAUGAAGUUGGUUCUGAGUUGUGAGUAAUGCUAAUGUGGUCAUUUUUCAUAAAUUCAUUAAGGACACAAUUAUAUACAUAUGUGUGUGUAUAUAUAAUCUCCUGUCCUCAUUAUGUGUGCAUUGUAAUGAUAAAAAGAUUUUAGAUUUUAUACAUAGAAGUGAUAGGACCUCAACAGAUGAAUUUUUAUUUUCUAUUUGAAGAUACUAUGGUAAGAACGGCUGUGUCAGCAUAAGCCUAUAGAUAAGUAGCACCUUGUAAACUUACCGCUGGCUCCCUCAUCCUUCACCUUUGUGUCCACAAGUAUAGGCUGUUCAAUUCUUCUUCUGCUUUCUAAAACAAUGUUGGUUACUUAAAUCUGGUAAUAACAGACUUUGGAUGUUCUGUCAUUAGUGGAUGUGGCUAAUAAAGGUUUUUCAGGUUAUAAAAAUGAAAUGGUAAUUUUUGUUGGUAAAAUUAGAUGUUUAUCAUGUUUUUUUUGUGUUUCUUUUCACUUAUGUUAAAUAUAGCCAUAGGGUACAACAAUAUAGCAGUGAUAUCAUGUUUGCUAAAAACCGUCCUUUAUAUAAAGUGUGAAUGUCCUGUGUGAAAAUAGCUCUUAUCUUCUUUAGAAAAUGUUUUGUUGUAGGUAAGAGCAGUGCUUUAAUUUUAUAAUAAGCAUCAGACGUGACACAAUAGAUUGGCUUCUGCUUUACACAAAAUGGAUAUGCUUGUAAGUUUUCAGAAGUAAUAAGCAGUAAUUGUUAUAAUUAUAUUUUCUAUCCUUAGUGCAUUGAGAUAUGACUAAGAAUAAAACUGUAGAUUCAGCACUAGGUAUUUAGAGAAGAUUAUGUAGUUAAAUGUUAUAAGUAAGUUGAAACUUAACUUAUUUUAUGUAGUAUUUUAUUUUCCAACCGAAAGAUCUGUUACAUUAAAGUAAAAUAUUGUUAACACGAUAAAAUCAUUAUUUUCAUUAUUUUUGUCUAAGUGACAACUUUAUCUAUAUUAAACUUACCCAAGUCAGCCCACAAUACACUGCCUCGUGCUGACCCUGUGAUAUGUCAUGAUAGUUCACUGUAUUAUGCUAUAAUUCAUUUUAUGAAUCCUCUGGUGAAGUGAUGCAACAGUAUGCCAGGGCCUCUUGAGUCUAACAUAGAGGUUUGCUGACUUGCUGUUUAAUUGUCAUUUGACAAAGAAAUCAGUGAUUUUACAGUUAAGAAUUCUUGAGACUUUCAUUCAUCAAAUGGAAGUACCCUGUAAAGUAACUUUAAAGUUUUUGCCGAAAGAAAGGGAAGUUGGAUUAUUUGUGGAGUUUUAUUACCAGAGAUUCAUAAGACAUUUUUCUUUACACCAUAACUGUAGGUACAGUACUUUAUAUUUUGUUUAUUUUUUUUUUUUAGAAAUACAGUAUGGAUUUUUGUUUAUUUCAGAAGUAAUUUUUUAUUCCAUUAAUAGUAUGCUUUUGCAAAGCUCUGCAGAUAGUUUAUUGAUCUUUUGUUUGUACAAAUACUGUUAUUCUAGUUUUUAUAAUAAUUUUCAGGUUGCUCUUGUGUAUUAAUCAGAGCUGCUGAUGAAAAUUUCCUUGUGAUAGUAUUAUAUACAGACACUUCAUCACCUUACUGGCUGUUCAAUAUUCCAGUGGACCCUAAAGGGGCAGGGUGAGGCCCCUGUUUAGGACAAAAAAAAAUACUGUACAGUAUCCUUAAACUUCACUUUAAUUUGAUCUGGUCGUAUUAGCAGAUCUGCAAGUGGUUUUGUUUAGAAUGCUAUUAUCAUUAAAGUACAUUUAUUUAUGUAAAAUUCAGGAAUGUACAGAAGUAUACAGAUAUUUUUUUUUAUUUCUCAUCUGAUGUUAUUACCAGACUUCACGUACUAUUGACAGUAUUUCAGAAUAAAACAGGUCCCUUUAUGGGAACUACUUUUCUUUUCAUACAUACAAUAUAGCAUAUCCUUGGAGUUAACAUUUAGCAUAGACGUGAUGUAUUUUUUAUUUACUCAAUUAUGAAAUUUUAGGUAGAGUAUUUUGAGAGCAGUUCCAUCACUAUGACUGUCAUUAAAAUUGGCUUUUCAGAGUUAACAUUUGUGAUUCACUUGCUUGUCAUUGACUCCUCACAUUAAAUGUUAAAAUUUGUAUUUAUUUCCAAGUUUUAAAAUUCGUCAAAUUAUUAUGUUGUAAACCAAGUACCUGACAGUGAUCUUUUGGCCGUGAGUCAGUUUAGUUUUUAUUAAGUCAGUGUUGUGUGAGCAGGAUUGGUUUCUGUAUCUUUAACAAAAUUGUGAUCAUGAUUAGCUGAAGAUCCUUAUAUUAAUUUCCAAGGGCUACCUGUAUAUUAUUUUUUUCUCUAUGUACUUGUUUUCCCCGAGUCAUAGUUAAGUAUAUCCAUUACAAAACUCUUAUGUGUUGUCAUUACUACAGCAAAAGUGCAGUACAUGUGUUGUGUUCCCUUGUCAUAAUUUAUCCUCCCAUUUGAUAUCAUUUCCCCCCACGGUAUUGUGCCCCUGUCCUGUAAGAGGUAUCACUGUAAUGCGUAACUCGUAUGACUGGAAGUUAUGACCUCCUGUAGGAAAAUAAAGCCAAUCUUACCAUAA